CCUCACUAUAAAGAUAAAUUUAAGAAGUUUUGUUUUUGUUUAUAAACUGUGUUUAUAAACGUGCAAUCACAAAAUAUAAUCAGAGAUCAGAGCAGAUAUAUAAUUAUUAAAAAACAUGGGUCGCAGAUAUUAUUGCGAGUAUUGUGAUAAAACAUUUAUUGACGUUUUGGAAGCUAGAAAAAAGCAUUUACAAAGUGCACAUCAUAUUAAAAUGAAGAAUUUGCAUUAUGAACUUUGCAAAGAACCUGCAGUAAUUUUACGAGAAGAAUUAUUAAAGACACCUUGUCGUAGAUAUUUUCAACAUGGGUCAUGCCAGUUCGAAAGUAGUUGUAAAUACACUCAUUACUCACCCGAGCAGUUAUGUGAAUUAAGGCAACAAGUGGAGCAAAUGGAGAUUUUAAAACAGAAAAAGGAAGAAGCUCAGUUAAAAAUUCCCUCUUUAGAAUCAUGGUUAGAAAAUUAUGAGAGGACACUGAACAAAGAGGAUGGUACUACGAUACACACUCCAUGGGUUUAUCCAGAAAUGCUAGAGCAUCGUCAUGAUUUACCUCCAUCUCUAAUAAAAUUUAGACCAGAACAUUUUCACGAUGAUGAAUUUGAGGAAUGGGGAAAAUAAUUUUAGCAUAAGAGUAUAAGAAUACACAAAUUUUCAUACUAUGUUUAUUUUCAAAUAUUUUUGUUCUAUGAAUAUAAGCAUUGGUAGUAAUUAUUAGAUAAAUGAGUAAAACAAAUCUGACAUUAAAGUAUAAAGUGAACAUUUUGACGGAGGAAUAUCUAGUUUUACAUAAUGUACAAAGAAAUAAAUAGUACAACUAAAAAUA